CACUCCGUUGCCAGGGCACCGGGCCGCCCAGAGCCGGCGAGGUCGGCCCUGAAAGGAGGCGUGGCGUCCUAUGGCCCGCUGGCUCUUAGAGUCGGGCCUGCGGGACUACAGGAUGGGUUGAGGUGGCGGCGGCUUUCCGGACGAGGUCGACAGCCCGACUCCGGUCGGGGCUGCUUAGACUGUGGGUUUGAGGGGAGAGUGGGACGCGUGUGUGACUGCAGUACCGAAGUGGGGUUCCCACGCUUGGUGGAGCGUACGUAGCCUCAACGGAUCCGCACAGAAACCAGCCUUGAAAAUGGAGAUGUAUGAAACUCUUGGAAAAGUGGGAGAGGGAAGUUACGGAACGGUCAUGAAAUGCAAACAUAAGGAUACUGGGCGGAUAGUGGCCAUUAAGAUAUUCUAUGAGAAACCAGAAAAAUCUGUCAACAAAAUUGCAACGAGAGAAAUAAAGUUUCUAAAGCAAUUUCGUCAUGAAAACCUGGUCAAUCUGAUUGAAGUUUUUAGACAAAAAAAGAAAAUUCAUUUGGUAUUUGAAUUUAUUGACCACACGGUCUUAGAUGAGUUACAGCAUUACUGUCAUGGACUAGAGAGUAAGCGAUUGAGAAAGUACCUGUUCCAGAUUCUCCGAGCAAUUGAGUACCUUCACAAUAAUAAUAUUAUCCAUCGAGAUAUAAAGCCUGAAAAUAUUUUAGUCUCCCAGUCAGGAAUUACUAAACUCUGUGAUUUUGGGUUUGCAAGGACACUAGCGGCUCCUGGGGAUGUCUACACAGAUUACGUGGCCACUCGCUGGUACAGAGCUCCGGAACUGGUAUUAAAAGACACCUCUUAUGGAAAACCAGUGGACAUCUGGGCUUUGGGCUGUAUGAUAAUUGAGAUGGCCACUGGCAAUCCCUACCUUCCUAGCAGUUCAGAUUUGGAUUUGCUCCACAAGAUUGUUUUAAAAGUAGGCAACCUGACCCCGCACCUGCACAAUAUCUUUUCCAAGAGUCCCAUCUUUGCCGGGGUGGUUCUUCCUCAAGUUCAACAUCCAAAAAAUGCAAGAAAGAAAUACCCAAAGCUCAAUGGAUUGCUGGCAGAUAUAGUUCAUGCUUGUUUACAAAUUGACCCUGCAGAGAGGAUAUCAUCUACUGAUCUUUUGCACCAUGAUUACUUUACUAGAGAUGGAUUUAUUGAGAAAUUCUUACCAGAGCUGAGAGCUAAAUUAUUACAAGAAGCAAAGGUUAAUUCCUUCGUAAAGCCAAAAGAGAAUUUUAAAGAAAAUGAACCCGUGAGAGAUGAGAGGAAACCGGUUUUUACCAACACUCUGCUUUAUGGAAACAUGCCACUCUAUGGAAAGGAAAUGGACAAAGACAAAAAGCCCAAGGAGAUCAAAGUCAGAGUUAUUAAAGUCAGAGGGAAAGGAGACGUCCCAGACCUGAAAAAGAUAGAGUGUGAAGGUGAACACCGCCAGCAGGGCACAGCUGAGGACAUGCACACUUUGUCUCAGGAUAGAAAGCCUGCCGUCGCUGAAGUGCCAAACCCUGUCAAUCCCAGCACGAACUCUGAUGGUGUCAGUGAAGACCUGCAUACUGGAGGUUGUAUGAUGAUGCCACCCAUCAACCUGACAAGCAGUAAUCUGAUGGCUGCAAAUCUCAAUUCAAACCUCUCCCACCCCAAUUCACGGUUAACUGAAAGAGCAAAAAAGAGGCGCACUUCUUCACAAACUAUUGGACAAACUUUGUCUAAUAGCAAACAAGAGGACACAGGUCCCACGCAAAGCCAAGCAGAGAAGAACAUAUUUAAUGAUCGAGUAGGCCAGAGUGAUCAAAUGGCAAGUGGAAACAAAAGAAAGCUGAAUUUUCCCAGAUGUGACAGGAAAGAAUUCCAUUUCCCUGAACUGCCAUUCACAAUACAGGCGAAGGAAAUGAAAGGAAUGGAAGUUAAACAGAUAAAAGUGCUGAAGAGAGAGUCAAAGAAAACAGAUUCACCUAAAAUACCAACUUUACUUACUGUGGACCCAAAUCAAGAAAAACAAGAGGGUUCUGCCGUUUACAACAUCAUUCCUGGUUGGUGCAAGAGAGGCAACCUCAACUGGCCAUCUUGACCUCCCGCUGGGUCAUCCCCCAAGCUCUGCUGGGGUCUUGCCACUCUAAAGGUAGAGUCUGACCCAUCCCACUUGAGAUCGUUCCUGACUUUUAUCUACUAGAGCACAACAGGAAGCAAGACUGGCACUAAGCUCUGAAAUGAGGUUGUAAAGAAUGAUACAGCCUCUGGCUUGUUGGCUGGAAUACUUUGAUCCCCAUAAAACAUAACAAAACAAAGCAAAAAAGUCUGACUCUCUCAAAUCCAUCCUGCUGUCAGAAAACAGAGAGUAGCUGUGUCAGGGUUCGGGCCACAGCCCUUGUUUGGGGGUCACCAAGCCUUCAGGUGCUGCUAGACCUCAGGUGUAACGUUGUAGACUCCCAGAGGAGGCCCCAAAUAAGUAUGGAACAGAGAGAAGUCAUCUCCCCAGUGCCAUCUUUGAAUUCCUGUCCAUAGACUCCAGAGUGUGUGAUAAACUUGUGGUUAUUUUAUACCACUAGACUGGAGUAGUCUGUUAAAUAGCCACAGCAAGUAGAAGACCUGUUGUCUUCCAUCCUACCAGAAAGUGGACAAUAUGAAAGAGCAAGUAGCCGGGCAUUGGUGGCGC